AUGGAUGAUUGGCCGGAUGUGGAUGAUGCCGAGGCUAUUGAGGCUUGGAUUCAGGCGCAGCUUGAGGCGCUGCCCGUUCCGACGCCUCGGAAACGCGCCUCUCCGGCAACGCUGGCCUUGGCGACGGGUGCGGCGGACAGUGCAGCGCGGCCAGAGGGCGUCGUAACCGAUGCCUCGGUCGCCACUGGGCAUGGGGAGUCUGCCAUGAUGGACGCGCCUCUGACCACGCGUACGAGCGCUUUACACCCGGCUACGCCGCGUCUGGGCUGGCGAUCCAUCAGCCAGCGCCUGGCGCAUGCGCCUUCAGCUCCAGUCGACCCGGACACGGAUGAUCCCGACGACAUUGACUCUCCAGCUUAUCUCGAGCGCAAGGUGCAAAUUUUACGCGCCGAACGCGCAGCCAGCUUGAGCGAUGACAACGUCAAACGCAAUGCCGGUCCACCGCCGCCUCAUCGGCCCUCGAGCAGUGUCAGCCACGAUCAACAUUUGGAUUCUGCGGCCGUCGCCCCACAAGACCGCCGUCCCUGGGAGCUCCUGGUCCGCGAGUUUGUCACAAAGUCUCAGCAGCUGGCGGAAGCGCAUCACGCGGCACUGCAAGAACUUGCGGCGACUACUUUGCCGACCCCAAUCCUGGCGUGGGGCGAACCUGCCCAGGACGACGAGGCCAACCAGCCAGCCCGUAACGAAGCGACCCCCGAUACCUCCAGCGACCUGCCCGCCUCCCCCGCGAGUGCAAGUCACACAGGCAACAGUGCAGCAGACGAGGGACAGCCAAGCGCUAGCGGUUUGAAUCUCAAUCCUGCACCACACCCUCAAGCACAGCCUGCACAGCAAUCCCGGCAAGCAGCAGCCAAACUUCAGGCACGCUUGGCUGAGCUGGAAAAAACGCGCCAGGCCAGCCAACAAGCCCGUCAACUUGCCUCUGCCAGAGUUUUACAGCGCGUCUUUACUGCUUGGUGUGCCCGUGACUUGUGGCGUCCGCGCUUGCACGCUGCACAUGUGCAAUACCAGGCCCAACAGGCCCGGGCCGCCACGCGCCUCCAGGCCCUUGUGCGGGGCUGGUUGUGUCGCCGGCGCUACAGCAGCGCCAUAGCCACCGCCAUCCAGCGCACAAGAGCCAAAUCGAAACUGCUUCAGACUUGGUGCCACAGCGGGUUGGAUGCCGCUCAUCGUGGCUUGGCUGCACAUCAUCGAGCACAAGAGGAACAGGCUGAGCGACAGCGACUGGAAGCAGAGCGCCAGGCCGCCCUUCAGGCUCAUCGACGACAGGAAGAAGAAGCUGCGCGCCUUGCCGCCCAACGGGCAGCCGAAGAAGCCCGCCUGGCUGAAGAGCGGGCUAAACGCCAAGCCGCCCAGCGAGCACACGAAGCACAACUGCAGCGGGCCGAACAGGCGCUCACCCAACUAGAGCUAGCUCGCCAACAAAGCUCUCCGCGUCUAUUGGACGCCCUUCACGCUGUAACAGCGCCUCCUCGGGACGUCUUUGCCGACGAUCCAGCCAGCCAUGUCACUCUACGCACGCCCACCAGCGAGCAUGCACCUACCAUGCGAAUCCUGAGCUCCGGCGGCCGCUGGUCCCAUUUUCCCGGUUUCACGAGCCAUCUUUCAGUUCUCCGGCUGCAGGGUUGUAACUUGUCAACCAUCCCAGAGCUGGCCGCUCUGCCCCUCUUAACCUACCUGGAUGUUUCACACAACAAGCUGGCCUCGAUCAAUGUGCACCACUUACCGUGGCUGACCUAUAUGAAUGUGGCGCAUAACGACCUGACUGCGUUGGAAGUCAUUGAGACGCCCUCGCUUCGUCUCUUAGAUUGUAGUCGGAACCAGUUGACCACCUUCCCGACGUGGCCGGCACCGCUGGCGCAGCUGCAGCACCUGGAUGUUAGUCACAAUCAGCUACAGGAUCUGGGUGGUAUUCUCAGUCACGUGGCACCUGGGCUGCGUCGGCUUGUGGCGCUGGAUAACCCGCUUCAAAAGUUGACCGUGGAUGACAUCCCUGUUUUGACCACGGCUACCAUCAGCGUCGAGACUUGGGGAACCGCGGUGGGCGUCGACGAAGCCGAGCGCUGGCGCAUUGUCUCUGGUGAUCGGGCCAAAAUGAUGAUAACCCUACCUCGACUCGCCCCCGAACAUCCAGCCUGGGCAAAACUGGAAGCGGCAGCCCCCCUCGUGGAAUUGAAUCCCUUGCAGACUUUGGUGCAAACCGACGGCUCGGUGGCAGAACUUUUGGCUGCGCUCCGUCGCUGGCUUGCGCUAACCAACUCCCAUGCCGUGCAACCCAAAGACUUGGAUGCGUUGUGGCCGCUGGCCCCAAAUCGGCGCAAGCACGUUGCAGCCACCCGUAUUCAGGCCGCUUGGCGAGGGCAUCAUUUACGCCGUCAUUUGGAUGCCAUUUUACACAAUGUCUUUGCCGUGAACGCUGGUGCUUCGAAUGAGCAUGGCGAAGAUGAUCAGGUCCUCCGUUUCAACGAACCAGACGCGUCGGAUCUGCUCGACUUGGAGCGUGCUCCUCGAAAAACCUCAGGGCCAACUAUGAGUCGCAGCAAAGUGCGCACUGGCAAUGUCACGCCCGCCGAUGCUCGAGCAGAGGCAGCGGUUUCCCAGGCCACUGAGCCCGUCCCGUUGCCCGCUCCUGAUCGGUGGAUGCAGCCCAUGUCUGCCACCUCGCGUCCCCGUUCGGCCCAAGAUCUACCCCCGGUCCGUGCAUCACGCGAUGCCCCACCUAACCACGAUGCCACAACCCGAAGCCUUCCGCCCGAAGCCAGCGACCGCGCGGCUCUGCUCUACACCCAACGUCAAAAAAGCGCUCGGGCCCAACAUCACAAGAGGCGCUCCACCUCGACAUGGAAGUAG